GUAAAUUUUGAUUUGCUUCCCGCCGGCUCUUGACGGUUUGCUUUUGGCACGUGCAAUUUUCAUUACAUUUUCGUAAAAAACAACUUCGCACAAACAAUAAAGUUCAACACUGAUGCUGACAGUUGGGAUAUAUUAUUUCGAUUGUUAGCAGUGUACUAUGUCGCCCUCUCCGAUCCGCUGUCGCGGCCCGUGGAAGAUACACAAGCGUUCCUCGGAGCCUGACAGAUGGUUGGAUGAGAUGGGAUUUUUCCGUAAACAUACAGCUAGGGACUCUAGCUGUCUUUUCCGCGCCGUCUCUGAGAACAUUUAUAACACCCAGCGGUACUUCCACAAAGUCCGACUGGAUUGCGUUCAGUUCAUGGCUACAAAGAGACACCUCUUCGAAGGGUCAUUGACUUGUCCGUUUGAAAAUUAUCUCAAAGAGAUGUCCAACCCUUCAGAAUGGGGUGGUCUAAUUGAAAUAUCGGCCAUGAGCCACCUCUAUAGACGUGACUUUGUAAUAUUUGAAGCCAACAAAGGUCCACAAACAAAAAUAUGCAAUGGUUAUGGAGACCCGAUAUACCUGUUUUAUUCUCCUGAUACUAAGCAUUUUGAUGUGGUGUACACUAAAGAUUUCAUAAACACUUCUUCUUUUUGCCAGUCUUUGGUAUAUGAAAUACUUUAUGACGGUGUGUACCAACUCAAAGACCUGUCUUACGCCGUCGACAAAAUGCUACAUGAUAAGGUUCCCACUAACCAUAUCGAAUACUUCAUGACCGAGAAUGUGGAACGUCGCAAAAAGCAGAAAGAACGAGCUAAGAUAUUCAUAGAAGCUGCUGACGAUGAUAAAGACAGGAACACUAACGCACUAGCUCUGAAGUGUAAACACCAUACCGAGGAUUUGGAGCGAGCUAGUCUUUUGAAGGAGUCCCUGAGCAUCUUCGUGUUCAACCGCAGCCUCAUACAGCUUGAGAACGUCUGUAUGAACUGCCUGAACGUUAACAGCGCGAAAGACUUGCUCGACAAUGGCAUCACUCCGUUUCCGUACAAAGUGGCCAAAGCCUUAGAUCCUGAUAUCUACAGGAACAUUGAGUUCGACGUCUGGAGUGAACUGCGACGAGAAAUGCGUUACGGUGCGAGAUAUUCGGAUGGAACGACCCUGCAAGUGGGCGUCAAAUGUUUGUGCAAACUGCAGCCGGAGCAGACUGUCCCGUACCACUGCCAUAUCCAGGAAAUGAGACCUGACGGGGGUCCCUGCCUUGUGUUCAUCGAGGAGUUGGGCGAGAAGCGAGUCGUCAACUUCGAGCAGUUGGAACCGCUUCCUCUCGAGGAAAUAAGGCCGUGGGCGCCUCCGUACAGAUACUCCCGGGCUCAUUCUCAGUUCCUGACCUUAAGCCAAAUGUUGCAGCAAAUAGGUUCGACUUGUAUCAUCAAACUAUUCAGUUAUUCUUCUUCCAAAUGCCUUUUAUUACUUAUUAAAAAAUUAAGAAAACAAAUUUUAGUACUGAGCACAAUUCUUUUACUUCACACUUUGUAUAACUUGGCGUACUCAAUUGGUAUUUCACGACCAGGCAACAUCACCCUCAAACAAGGUUUGAGCAAGGCCCGAAACAAAUCCAAAGUGGUGUCGGAAGACAAGGCGCCCGAGAAGGUGACCAAGCCGACCAAAGUGUCGUGGAAUGAAGACACAGAGCUAUCUUUCCAAAACAACGUCGAUUUCACAUACCAACACCUGGACUUUCUUAACUUUGAGCCGAUGCCUGUUGAAGUUGAAGCACUGCCCCUAAUGGUGGACUGCCGGCCGGGCGCGGGCGCUCCGCCCCACGAGCUCGCACAUACUCAGCCGAAUGGCGGUACGCCCAAUGACAACCAUCAUACCCAGCAGGCUGGUGGUAGCGGCGACAUGGUAGCGCACGGGAUCACGUCGCCUGCUUCGGUGCGGGCUUCGACUCCCGCUACUACCAACACGCUGACCACCUAUACCAACGCGGUGAACCCUGUUGGCGGCGUGGGCCCGGGCUACGGCGGCGGCUACGUGUGCGGCGUGAAGGGCGUGGUGUGGGCGCCGCCGCCCGCCGCGCCGCACCCGCCGCACCUGCCGCCGCCGCCGCCGCCCGGCGUCAACCCGCACGUCUUCAAGAGCGUGCAGGCUAAUGGCGCUGAUCUGCCCAUGAAUGAUAUAACAACGCUCCGCUACUACUACAACCUGGGCGUGGACUGCUUCUGGUCGUCGUACGGGGCUCCGCCGCCGCCGCCGCCGCCGCCGCGCCACUACUCGCCGCGCGAGCUGGCGCAGGACAUGGCGAGCGUCACGCUGCACGAGCGUCCGCCCCCCGACCACAAGCACAAGCAGCCCGACAAGCCGCCGCUGCCGCAGGGCAAGGGCAACGCGCAGCGACCUCUCCUGGGCCCCAGAUUCAAGCGCGGCGGAGGCAACCAGGAUGGCAAUCAGAACUCCAACCACAACCAGAACAAGCAUAACAACAACAUGGGCAACAAGGGGCCCAACAACCGGUCAGUUUACUACAACCGUAACUCUCACACGGAGCAGCGCGGGCCGCACGCGUACGGCGCGGGCGAGGGCGAGUGCGUGCUCGACCAGCCGCUGCUGACGCUGCCCUACAUCCCCUACCCGCCGCCCAUCUACCCCAUACAGUACUACCCCGUCGAGACCGACCCAGCAAUGAUGGGCAUGAUGGGCGGCAUGGGCUACGUGGGCUACGAGGAGAGCGUGUACGAGGGCGGCAUGCAGCCCUACUACCCCCACGCGCCGCACUACCCGCCCCCGCAUCCCCAUCCGCAUCCCCACCACAUCGAGCACAAGUAAACCGCUACCAUACCGACCAACGACAUAUAAAAAACUAGCACACACACAGACACACAUACAUGGAAAAAAAACAAUAGACAAAAAAUAAACCAGCACACAAACAUGCAAGAAAACAAUAUACGACCAUUUGAGGAUUCAAAGUACCUUUUAACAGUUCCCAUUAUGUAUUGGUCCCAAUAUUGUCCAUUGGUUCCACUGUUUGCUUGCCCAACACUUGUCAAUCUUGUAUUGGUUUGCAAGCAAGCUAUCGAGAUUUGGUGUUAGACAAGCAAGUAGAUUUAUCAUCCAGUGUGUGCUAGUUUUCACAAAUGUGAGAUGCAUUAGAAGAAUUUAGACUUGAGAUAAAUUAAAAAUUACCACCAAAAUUACUUAUUGAUUUAAAGUGUUUCGAAUAAAAAUUCAAUUAAUGACUGUAAUAGAUCUCCAGUCUAUUUUCUUCCUAAUGCUGGUCUCAACAACUUAUUAUUACUUGAGUAAUCGACUAAAGUUAUCAUCUACUGGGGCAAGCCAUAAAAGUAUGAGCUCAGUGCUGAUUAUUCUAUUCAUUAUUCCUUUUCACUUGUGAAUAACUCUCUAAAGUUUAUUCUUCUCAAGACUCCUGUAAAUGUGACCUUAGUUGAUUAUUCGACUAAUCGUGUGUUCGGUCGGAACAUCGUCAACAUCGGAUAAAUUCUACAAGUCGAUAAUCGUCGUAAUAUCUGGCACGACUUGAAAUUGAAACGAAUUUGUAACACUAACCACUUUCAAGUGAAUUUAUCUUUAUAAUAUUUACUGUAAACGUCUAAGUUAAACUUUCUAUUUAGCUCAAAAUUAAUCUUCGGAAAAGUAAUUGAAAAUUACAAAGUACAAUUUGUAAAAGUAUUUACAAUGAUAAGUAUUAUUUCUACUAAGCUAUCUUGUCACUUGAAAGUGGUACAACUUACAUGAUAUAUUUAUCUGCUUACCAUUUGGAGUGUACACUAACGUGGACGUUCAAAGGAUAAGCAUGUAAGUAUAUUCACAAUUCUCACGCUACAGAUUGGUACCCACAUCUUCUAUUUGCAAAGCAAAUUGUUUUUGUGUGUCGAUAAUCUGAACAGUGAGUAUUGACAACUAAAUGUACACUGAAAUAAUCGAAUAACAACUUCUGCCUGGAAAUAACUUUGAGUUAAACGAUAUCCUAAAAAUGCGUAGCACUUAUUUCAGUGUACGUUUAGAUAAAACAAACCGAUCGGCUGAGAUGCAUUUGAUUUUUGAACAUUUUCUCGUUCAAAAAUCGGUAAGUCUCGGCCGAUCAAUGUUUAGUCACCAACGAGUCUUCGGGACUCAGUAACGGCAGCAACGGUGACUAACUGUUAGCAUACAACGACAAUGCUCAUCGAAAGUAUACGAUAUACAAUGAACACUGACCCAUUUGGAACACAGGAAACUUCGUGUCAGUGUUAUGCCAUCAUGCCGUGCUGUGUUCGGGACAUACAUACGUAAAUACAUAUAUGUACUCGGUACCAGUAACUUGUGUCAAUUUAUUCGCGAUUCCGUCAAUUUAAAACAUUCAGUAUUUAGUAGGAACCAAAUUAGAUCCUGUAAGGACAACGAAAUUUGUAGGACUUGCAUUAAAUGCAUUAAAACCCGAACACAGCAUGGUAUGAUUCUUUUUUUUUUGUUAUUUAUUACGAUUUGGAAGUAUGUGACAAAUGUUGUCGAAAAAUUGUAAAUUAGCGUUGUAUGUGUACUUAACGCGAAGAGGGGAGGUUUUGUAAUGAACAUGAAUGAACAACUUAAAACUCUUCAAAAUUCCCGAUUACUAUCGCGCACCUUCUGUGAUUAAUUUGGACUGAUACUAUUUCCCAUUUUUGUACCCCGUUUAGUAUUUAAUAUUGACUAGGAACCCCCUAAAGUGUUCAUUGGUGCUGCAAAAUUGACUAGAACAGGGUUAACGUAAUGUUUUUGUAUGCUACGGCACUAUACAUACAAUGUUGCGUAGUUGUUAGGCGCUGUAUAUCAUUCCUUGUAAUGUAAGGUGAAACUGUAAAUUUUAAGCCAUUUGUAGUUGUUACGUCGCAAAUUUAAGUUUCUGUUUCUUUUAGUUAUUUUUUUUUCACUAAUCACAACACAUGCGCUCCAGUAUAAGCUGUACCACGGCUACAUAAGAUACAUUCCUGCUAUGUAGCCCCUGCUAUAUUAGUCGAGACAUGUGUCGUGAUUAGUAAUUAUUUGGCUUAAUUUUAGUUUAGUUAGAAAUAAGUCAAUACGGUUUCACAUGCCUCAGUGUAAGGCUCCCACUAUGAAUAGUUUACUUUUAAAUAUUCUCAGAUCUCAGGCUCACGAUAAAAUCGCAGACCUUUUGAAUCUCUAAACAAAAAAAAAGACCGCACUUUGUACGAAAAGUUGAUAAAAUGGCGUGAACACAUAAGUAUCCUACUUUGAUCUCAUAAAAAUAUCAUUUGUAAGAAAAGCUGGUGCUUGGGUAGUCGUUAAUUUUUCUUUAAUUAUUUCAAAAUCGACUAACAGGAAUGAUUUCGGCAUAUGAGGAAUGUCAGUCAACUAAUCAAGUCAUUGACACAAUGAUGUGAAUUUUCUCUCAGAAUAUAACUGGUUUAGUGCUUUUUGUCUGAAUAGCACCUAGUCUCUGCAUUUACUAUCAUUAGUUGUGUGCAUUUAUCGCGUCACAGAGGCUCGAGGAAGCCCACUGAAGUCAGAUCUCCUUUUUGGGGGAUCACUUGUCGAUAGUAUGUCAUUACUACUAUUUCUGCUUACACCUUACCUAGAGCUCGCCGUUUAUAUGAUAAAUUUAACUACAAACGUAUUUUUGGAAUGUUUAUAUGAUAUUUGGCUGUGAUUCGCGCGUAAUCUCAGUAGAAGUUGAAAGAUUUUGGCAAACUAGUAGUCGUGCUUGUAGGGUGGAACAUGGACUGUAAACACGUGGUAGAUAUAACGGCGUACUCUGUAAAAACAUUAUUUUGAUUAUCUUUGAUUGCUGCAGAUGUACCUCUCUUGAUCAGUCCGCCCAUGAUUUUGAACUACUUCAUAUUUUUGCAUAUUCUCUAUACCGCAUAAAAUUAUUUCUUUUUACGUACCUAUAUUUAUAGUACGUAACGAAAUCUUAAAUGUUUGUACAGACUGUUGUUAAAACUAUACAAAAUAAAAAUACAAAAAAAUAAGUGUACUCCUUUAGUAUGUGUCAUGUUUACUGUAAUAAAAGUCAUUUUCGGUGUUUCAGUAUUAGUUUUAAAUCACUAGGAGUUAGAAUUUUAUGUUAGUCGUUAAUUAAUGUUUACGUAACUAUAGUCUAGUGUUACUUUAUUUAAGUAUACCGUCAGUUACUUUGUAAUCUCGUCAUUUAGGGCGUAAAAUAUAUAUUUUUUGUUCUCGCUAUAGUUAGUGUAAUAAAUGUGCCAACUUUUGAUGUAUUUAGUGUAAAUUGGCAGUGACAGUGGUGGAGUAACAACGAUCAACGUGACUGCCAAAGAACGAAAUUGUCGUCAUAUCAGCUAAACCUACAUAAAUACAUACAAUAAUUGUGUUGUGAAUAUACUAUAUGGUAGAUGUAUGUCGUAACUGUAUGGUUGUACAGAGCUCAAAGUUAGCGUUAUGUCCGCCUUUGGGAUGUUAUUUGUAAUUUUUUUCCAAAUUCCAUCAAAUAAAUGUCAACUGAUUUUUCGA